CAGUCCUUUGAGUUGUAUUUUGGUGCUGCACCAGUAACCAGUUCAGUUAUUAGUGAAAGUCUGAAGUAGUUCGUCUAACAAACGAAAUUUCUUCAGUCUUAGCACACGUACUAGAAAAGGUCACAUCAAUUUUCUUAUAAAGUUUACUACAAAACUUUGACAAACGAGAAAAAAAUGGCAGCAUUCGUGGAGCCACAUUAUGAAGCCUGGCAAUCAGGAGGCGGAAACCUGACCGUUGUCGACAGGGUAUCACCGGAAAUUCUUCACCUGGUGCACCCGCACUGGAACCAGUUUCCACCGAUGAAUCCGCUGUGGCACUCGAUCCUUGGAUUCGUCAUCUUCUGCCUGGGAGUUAUAUCGACCACCGGCAACGGGUGCGUGAUGUACAUCUUCACAACCACCAAAGCACUCCGCACCCCAUCCAACUUACUAGUGGUCAAUUUGGCCUUCUCGGAUUUCUUUAUGAUGUUUACGAUGGCACCUCCGAUGGUUGUGAACUGCUACCACGAGACAUGGUACUUCAGUGCCUUCGCCUGUGAGCUGUACGCUAUGCUGGGAUCAAUCUUCGGCUGUGCCUCGAUCUGGACCAUGACUAUGAUUGCGUUUGACCGAUACAAUGUCAUCGUGAAAGGUUUGUCAGCUAAGCCCAUGACCAACAAUGGAGCCCUGUUGAGAAUCCUGGGAAUCUGGCUGUUUUCGUUGAUCUGGACGAUCGCCCCGAUGUUCGGCUGGAACCGAUAUGUCCCGGAAGGUAACAUGACUGCCUGCGGAACCGAUUACCUGACCAAGGACUGGCUCAGCCGCUCGUACAUCCUGGUCUACUCCGUGUUCUGCUACUGGCUGCCUCUGCUCACCAUUAUCUACUCGUACUACUUCAUCCUGAAGGCUGUAUCCGCACACGAGCAACAGAUGCGCGAACAGGCCAAGAAGAUGAACGUCGCUUCGUUGCGAUCCUCGGAGGCUCAGCAGACUAGCGCCGAAAUCAAGCUGGCCAAGGUAGCUCUGGUGACCAUCUCCCUGUGGUUCAUGGCUUGGACCCCAUACUUGGUUAUCAACUUUACCGGAAUCUUCGAAACUGCCAAGCUAAGCCCACUGGCAACCAUCUGGGGAUCAGUUUUCGCCAAGGCCAAUGCCGUCUACAACCCGAUUGUGUACGGUAUCAGCCAUCCAAAAUACCGGGCAGCUCUGUACAAGACCUUCCCGUCGCUGUCCUGCCAGGACAGUAGCCCGAGCAACGCUGAUGCUCAGUCGGUAGCAUCGGCCGCUACCAACGCCAGUGAUGAGAAGGCUUAAACAGUCCAACUUCUGAGGAUGACGGAUGACAACAAAUGGCAGGAACCUUACAAUAGUUAGAGAAAUAAAGCAAAUUUUGAAGCAAGCAAGAUUAAUUGAAAAA